UGUCACACCCCCUUCGAAGCACUUCCCACGUCAUCUUCCUGCUCUUCCCACCACCACCACCAAAAGGAAACUCUCCCGACACCACCAAACAAACGCUCUUCAAUCCCAUACACAGCCUUCAGUCUGAUUACGAAUCCAAACCGUAAUUACCUUCCGAAAUCCAAACCCAAAUCAUCUUCCGAACAGCGUCAGAUCCACCAGCCGACAAACUAACCAAUUCCAAUGUCCAACUCCCGAACCAAACGCCAGUUCGCCGGCGCAGCGAGCGACCCGGCCCAACGGUCAAUUACCUCAUUUUUCAAGACGACACAGACCAGCGAUGACUCGCAAUUCGACUCUACCAGCGGUGCAUCGCCCGCGACGGCCGCUGCUCCGCUAAAUGGUCCAGUCCUCUCGCCCACUAUCCGAUCAAGUCUUCUGAACGUUGGCAUGCGCGUGCGCAAGUCCGUCCCGGAGGGCUACAAGACCGGCAAGAUUGCCUCAGGGUUUCCCUCCUGGAUGGACGACAGUAACAACACCAACAACAGAAAUCAUAUUUCGGGCUCCGGCGCAAGUGCAUUGGCAGGAAACAACGGUCACAACCGUCCAGUAUCGGCCGCGCCUUCUGCACCCCCCGCCGCCGCCAGUGCCAACCGGGAACUCACCCCCUUUUGCGGGAUCCACAAAAUCGGCGGGUACGCCGUCCAAGACAGCAACAACAACAACAACAGCGCUGCUUUGAGCAGUCAGGAUUCCAAUGCCAGCAGCACCAUCAGCAAUCCUUCUUCAAUCCGCUUUGCGAUGACGCAGGUCCAGGAUGCCGCCAAUCGCAAGCGCAUCCAUGAAGACGGAAGCAGCGAAGAAGGCGGUGCAGGACUCUUUGGCGAGGACAUGGAUUGGCGUCGUCGCGAGGAGUUUUACGAUGACCAAGAUGAGGAGAGAGCCCCGCGCAGCUUGGAGCCUAUGGCUUGGUGUGGAGGGGGGAACAAGACGAACACUAUUGCCAAUGACCGCAGGGUGAUGGCAGUGCCCAAGAGACGGGGCAGCCAGUUUACUCAAACUACCAUCAACUUUGGGGGGUAUGUCCCCCAGUCUUCUGGUGUCGCCCCGGUAGAUGAUUUCGAGGAGGCGCCUUUCUUGGAUUAUGGGCUGAGUCAUUAUGGGGGAAGAAGUGGGCAUAUGGAUAUGGAUUAAGUAAAGCCAGGAUCCGGCGGUUCCUUGCUUGUGUUAGUUUGAUUUCGUGGUGGUGGCAUUCUUCUUUUUGCACGUUUAUCCUCCUUUAUCUCGACCUGGCUUUGACGCCUCGGUGCAUUGUUCGCGGUGCGGCGUUUAUGGAGUUUGUUACGAGGGGCUGAUGCUGGUAAGCAUUCGUUUAUAUGGGAGCAGGAGUAUACGCCCCAGUGGCCUUCUCUUUUUCUGUCAGCCUUUCGGCCGCGUACGGUUCAGUUCAUCGAUCAUUGCCAACAGGAAGACGUCCUCUGUAUCAUCUAUUUUGUAUCUAUAUCGAACCCUCGACAGGACGUGAAGCGCUAGACGAGUCUUGCAUACCUAUAAUCUAGACUAGACCUCAAUUAAGGCCAAUCAAAUAAUGUUCGAUCCA